AUGUAUCUAUCCCAAGCCUCACUCCUGCUCUUAAAUAUGUGUAUUUUUAUUUGUGGAGAAGCUGUACAAGGUAACUGUGUACAUCAUUCUACGGAUCCUCCGGUAGUUAACAUUGUAGAAGAUAUAUCUAAUGCAAAAGAUGAAAGUAAAAGCAAUGACACUGUUUAUAAGGAAGAUUGUGAAGAAUCAUGCGAUGUUAAAACUAAAAUUACACGAGAAGAAAAACAUUUCAUGUGUCGAAAUUUGCAAAAUUCUAUUGUUUCCUACACACGAAGUACCAAAAAACUACUAAGAAAUAUAAUGGAUGAGCAACAAGCUUCCUUGGAUUAUUUAUCUAAUCAGGUUAAUGAACUCAUGAAUCGAGUUCUCCUUUUGACUACGGAAGUUUUUAGAAAACAGUUGGAUCCUUUCCCUCACAGACCAGUUCAGUCUCAUGGCUUAGAUUGCACUGAUAUUAAAGAUACCAUUGGCUCUGUCACCAAAACACCGAGUGGUUUAUAUAUACUCUACCCGGAAGGAUCUAGUUACCCAUUUGAGGUAAUGUGCGACAUGGAUUACAGAGGAGGUGGAUGGACUGUGAUACAGAGAAGAAUUGAUGGGAUAAUUGAUUUCCAAAGGUUGUGGUGUGAUUAUCUGGAGGGAUUUGGCGAUCUUUUAGGAGAAUUUUGGCUAGGACUAAAAAAGAUUUUUUAUAUAGUAAAUCAGAAAAAUACCAGUUUUGUGCUGUAUGUGGCUUUGGAAUCUGAAGAUGACACGUUUGCUUAUGCAUCAUAUGAUAAUUUUUGGCUAGAAGAUGAAACAAGAUUUUUUAAAAUGCACUUAGGACGGUAUUCAGGAAAUGCUGGUGAUGCAUUACGGGGCCUUAGAAAAGAAGAUAACCAAAAUGCAAUGCCUUUCAGCACAUCAGAUGUUGAUAAUGAUGGAUGUCGCCCUGCAUGCCUGGCCAAUGGUCAGUCUGUGAAGAGCUGCAGUCACCUCAAUAACAACACUGGCUGGUGGUACAACCAGUGUGGUCUAGCGAAUCUAAAUGGCAUUCAUCACUUUCCUGGAAAAUCGCUUGCAACUGGAAUUCAAUGGGGCACAUGGACCAAAAACAACUCACCUGUCAAGAUUAAAUCUGUUUCAAUGAAAAUUAGAAGAACUUACAAUCCAUAUUUUAAGUAA